AUGAUUUGCUCAGCGGAGACGAUCGGCAUUCUGCUCAUGGUUGGCUCUGGUGUGUCUGUGACGUUUGAAAUGGUCACCAGUAAAAUCAUUGAGAAUAUGCAUUGGCCGUACUGGUACCUUCUGGCAGCCUGCUGCACUGGGGCAGCUUUGGCGAACGGGGUGUACCUACGCUGGGCAGGUAUCGGUUGCCCGAAGAAGCAAGACAUCAAGUGGGUGGUCGCAAGGGCACUGUUCGAGAAUUUGCACUGGAUGUUAGCCAUCUGGGCAGUACUAGUUGGAGCGGCCCCGGGAGAUGUGGCAGCGUUGACCAGCAUUGACAUCAUGGCUGCAGCUUUCCUGGGCCUGAUAUUCCUGGGUGAAAAUGUGACCAUUCUCCAUUUCGUGGCCCUUGUUGUGUCACUUACUGGAGCUGUCUGCAUCUCGCAGCCACAGUUCAUAUUCGGAGCUUCGCAACAGACAGAGCAGUCACCUCUUGGGUACUGCAUGGCUUUGCUAUCCGGAUGUUUCCAAGCCGGUGCUUUUGUUUGUGCAAGGAAGUCGAAAGACAUCCCAGUCUCUGUGCUCACAAUUGUCUCUCUGUUGUUUGCGGUGAUGCUGGCCUUUGUGCCACCACUUUUGGGCCUCAGUUCUUCUGCACACGAUGCUCUCCAGACUAUCCAGGAGGAACCGUGGCAUGCUCUGGGUCUUCUCGCUAUUCUGACCAUAUGGUGCGUGUUCUCGAUUGUGCUUCCUGCAGCAGGUGCCACAAGAUGUCCAGCUGCCGUCAGCGCGACCGUUUUCACAUCCGCGAGUAUGAUCUCUGGAUACGUAGCACAGACAACGAUCUUCAACGAUGCACCGACGCCACUGAAGCUGCUUGGUGCAGGGUGCAUGCUGUCAAGUGUGGUGAUGAUGGCGGUCCGCUGCCGCGACCGCGACACAGCCGAAGAGCGCGAGGGACCCUGCACGGAAGAGCACAAUCCUGCAUCGACAGCAGACGAGACAGACAGCCUUGGCUCCUUCGUCGCCUCCGAGGUGUCUUUCGGGAAGUCCGGUCGACUCCGACGCAGAGGCAACGUGUACAGCAAUACGCCGACGCCACAGCGGCUCGGAUCCUGUCUGCCCAUAUUUGCCGUAUCUUCUGCCUGA